UCCGCCUCACUUGAAUCUAUCUGGAUUCAACUGCUUUCCCUUUGAUCCAUUGAGGAAGUGACGCUGGACGAAACUCAAUCAAAUCAAAAAUCAAUAUCUUUUCAUAUAGAAUAGUUAUGAGUGCGAGGGCGCUCUGUAACUCGCGCAGUUUACACCUUUAUAAGAGGCACUCCUCGUCGAUAGACAUGUUCAGAAUAGCUUCAGUUCGGCAACAGUUGGGUCAAGCGAAUCGUCCCCGACGCGGAAAUCUACCUCGGCCACGUAAAUAUCAUCCGCGUGCGAGAUUCUCUGAAAUUGCGGCUCCUGUUUCCACCGGUGGAGAUAGCCUGCGCUCUACGAUGAAGUUGAUGUUUUCGCAGGCAGGCAAUGUAGUGUUUCCUGGAGAGUCGUCACUAGAUUUUGAAAUUGCCGAGUGUUCUAAUAGAGCGUUAGGGGACUACCAGUGUAACAGCGCUAUGAAGAUCUUUGCUGAACUCAAGGAUAGAGGAGAUACUCGCUUCAAGAACCCUCGCUCUUUGGCAGAGGCAAUAAUUCAGGCAAUACCAGCGGAGAACAGUUUUUUUGAGAAGUUGGCGGUUGCCGGCCCAGGAUUCAUAAAUAUUACAUUCUCACGUGAAUUUCUUGCACAAGAAGCCCUCCGCGUUUUUCAUUGUUCAGCUGAUGGAACUUUUGAGACCACUCGCAAGUUCAGAAAACUCACUGCAAAGAGGGCAGUCGUGGACUACUCUUCACCGAAUAUUGCCAAGGAAAUGCAGGAAAUGCACGUUGGCCACCUGAGAAGCACAAUUAUUGGGGAGACAAUUUGUCGAGCACUUGAAUUCGUCGGUGUUGAAGUUAUACGGUUAAAUCACGUUGGAGACUGGGGAACUCAGUUUGGAAUGCUACUUGCUCAUCUCGAGGAUAUUUCAGAAUCGUCCGACUUUGAGGUAAAAAAUCUCCAGGAGCUGUACAAGCAAUCGAAAAUACGUUUUGAUUCUGAUGAAGACUUCAAGAAACGUGCGCGGGCAGCUGUGGUGCACCUACAAGCUGGUGAUAAACAUUUAAAAGAAAAAUGGACCGAUAUCUGCGAGGUUAGUCGACAAGAUUUCGAGGAAAUAUAUCGGCUAUUGGAUGUUCACAUUCUGGAACGCGGAGAAAGCUAUUAUAAUUAUUUGAUCCCUGACGUGCUCAGUGAGCUAAUUGAGAAAGAAAUAGCCGUGCAAAGUGACGGAGCAUUGUGCAUAUUCGCAGAUGGCAGUGAUUCCCCUCUAAUCUGCAGAAAGAGUAAUGGGAGCUUUAAUUAUGCUUCCACAGACCUUGCUGCUUUGUGGCAGCGCAUCAGCGAUCUUUGCGCUGACUGGAUAAUAUAUGUAACUGAUGUCGGUCAGAAGAAGCAUUUCGACGCCAUUUUUGACGCAGCUAGUCGUGCAGGGUGGUUAAAACGAGAGAACGGGAAUGUCAGCUUGGAUCAUGUCGGAUUUGGACUAGUUAUGGGGGUUGACGGCAAACGUUUUCGCACCCGAUCAGGAGACACCGUGCCGUUGAAAUCCCUUUUGCGCGAAGCACAAUCUCGGUGCUUAGAUAGCUUGCGAGGAAGAGAAAGCACUCUAAGUGAUGACGAACUAGAGGAUGCGUCACGUAUUAUGGGUGUGGCAGCAGUUAAAUAUGCGGAUCUUCAUAAUAAUCGCUUAACAAACUACACAUUUUCAUAUGAACGCAUGCUGGACCUUAAGGGCAACACUGCGGUCUAUCUCUUAUACACGCAUGCACGUAUCUCCUCCCUCUUGGAGCGUGCUCACACACAGGACCUUGAGCCUCUGAGCAUAAAUGAUUUGGUUCUGAAAGAUGAGUUUGAAAGAGUGCUUGCUCUCACGAUUAUGAAGUUCCCCGACGUAGUUGAGUCAGUAGUACAGGAUCUUCUUCCUUCACGACUUUGUGACUACACGUACAGCCUAUGUGUGACGUUCAACGAAUUUUAUGGAUCUUGCAAGGUGUUAGGCGGUGAACAGGAGAGGUCGCGGACGUUUCUCUGCCAAGCUACAGCUAUAUCGCUAAGGCAAUGUUUUCACAUUCUUGGCAUAGAGCCACUAUACAGGCUUUGAUUUUUUCGACGGAACAAACCUGAAUGUGCAUAGACCUCAUACUGGAACAAUACAACUACUGGAGUCUCUUCACAACAGGAGCUUUCAAUGAAACUGUCAGAAUGUUCUUUGACGAAGAGAGACUUAAUUCGAUGAUUUGGAAAUUGAGAAGAGAAAGUGAGCCACGCAGUAAUCACGUCCACAUUGUGCUCAAAAUAAACUAGAUAUUCAGUUGAUUCGUAGUGUUUGUAUCCUUGUGUGAGCUUUUAUAAAUGCAGCCCACUUUUCCCAGCC